GUGGAUCAACGCAGAAGUGCUGUUCGCGAUCGUACUAGAAAAAGAAUAUUGAAAGCAAUUUGUUGAAUAUAAUGCGCUCUUCAUCACGUAGCAACGUCUGAAUUUGAAUUCGCUGAGUAUAAUUACUUAUGAAGAUCGAGAUUCCCGCUUUCAUCAUGCGACUGAUGCCUGAAAAAUUUUGUGUAGCAGAAUUUUGUCAAAAAAAAUAUCACAGGUUGCCGUCUUCAACCACAACCUGCUGAUCGCCCUGCUCCAGUACGACGUCCGUUCCGCCAAAGCCCGUCGUUGGGCGGACUGCAUUGCGUCUCUGCGACGUUAUUUCAUGAUUCGGAUUGCGGCGGAGACGAAUAUGAUUCAGUUCCGAGCGAUGAUUAACCACGAGGAGGUGCACUGGGCGAAGCAGCUGCAGAACUUCCUCCUCUGCCGCACGGGGACAAAGCACACCAUGGAAGAGGUUUUCGCGGUCAGGUACGGCUGGCGCGUGCAAGACUUCUUCCAGCAGCUCAACCAGGGGAACAAUGCAGCUGGUGCGACUGGAGCAGUAGAACAGGGCAAGAAGGACGACACGACUGGCACUAAGGCUCUUGCUGGGAUGAAAAUAGAUCAGCAGCAGCUCGCAACAGUGGGCGCAGGAGGGGCUGCGGCCCCUACUAGUACUACUACUGCUAAAAUGCUGAACAUGAAUUACUUCAGCUAUGACGAGGUUCUCGCCCAGGGGCUGAAGACUUUGCUCGCGAAAUUAAUGACGGGGUUGAAACUCCUCGGGGACAACCCCUUGCAAAACUCCUUUCUCAACCGCGAAGCGGUGAUCGCCUCCAUGAU